AUGAGCGACCUUUAUACAUAUUCAGUCUCUUGUUGCGACUGUACAAUUUGCGGCAUCAAGCUCGAUGAAGUCGACCCUUACGGCCUUGACGAUGAAAUAUACGCUGAACCCGAGUUAUGGAAACAGGACAAUGUUGUCUUGUCGAGUUUGUGCUGCUUUAAGCGUCCAAAUCCUUUCAGUACCAUAUCAGAUGAUUCCAUUGGCUGCGGUCCCGUCUUUGAGGACACCAACGAGAAAGGGACACCCAGUCGAGUCGUGUUGAGGCUUGACACCGCACGUUUCGACUGGAUCGAACCACAGCGCCCAAACUGGAAUUCCACGUCUCGCGACAUAAAUCUCUACUUUAUUGCACUGCAUGCUCCUUGCUUGCGUAUCGCUCAGCGCGCCAUGCAGCUAUCUCCCACUGCCCACGUUCACACACUUGGCGAUCUAUGGUUGACACUUGAACGACAGACUGAAAAUCUUGGUUUGAGCCGGUAUUUUGUUGAUCCAAAGCGUGUCCUCGGUGCAGUAGAUGAUGAUGAUUGGGGAGAAGACGUUCAUGGCCCACCCCUUACAGACCGCUGGUGGAACUCGGACCUAGAGCAUAUUCGCGACCUAACGCACAGUCUCCUUUCAAACCUCGACGAGUAUGAAGCAACAUCAAACCCCUUGCCUAGUUUCAAACAUCAUCUCGAGGCGCUGCCUCAAGAGAUCAAGGAACACAUACUGCAGUUUAUGCCAUAUGAUAUUCCUCUGCAAUGCACAUACCUGUUAGAUCAGUCCUACUGGUGCACUCUACUUUGGCAAAUUCCGUUCCCGUGGGACCUUGACCUCGCCAUGGUACACGCGAAACUCUCUGGCGAUUCGUCGGAUGGCCAGAAGGUUGCUAAGCAGUAUGACUGGGAGAAGCCUACGCGAUAA